GGAAGCUGAGUUGCGCAUGCGCACCCAAUGUAACGAGAUGGCGGAGAGUGCGGAACUGAAGCAAAUGGUAAUGAGCCUUCGAGUUUCUGAGCUCCAGGUGUUGUUGGGCUAUGCAGGACGGAAUAAGCAUGGGCGCAAACAUGAACUUUUGACCAAAGCUCUCCACCUACUCAAGGCUGGCUGUAGUCCUGCUGUGCAGAUGAAGAUCAAAGAACUCUACAGACGGCGGUUCCCAACCAAAAUGGUUUCGCCAGUGGACCUAGCUCUUCCUGUCGUUCAUUCUGCAUCCAGCUUACCAUCUGGCCUCGCUCAGCUAGGAUUUGAUGGCCACAGCUCUCCUUCACCACUGCUGCCUGUUUCUCUUCUUGGACCUAAGCAUGAGCUGAGUCUGCCUCACCUCUCCUCCGCGCUGCACCCUGUGCACCCUGACGUCAAGCUUCAGAGAUUGCCAUUCUAUGACGUUCUGGAUGAGCUCAUUAAGCCAACGAGCCUGGUUUCAGACAAUAGUCAGAGGUUCCAGGAAGCAUGUUAUGCCUUUGCAUUAACACCACAGCAAGUUCAACAGAUCAGCAGUUCAAUGGACAUAUCUGGGACCAAAUGUGACUUUGCUGUUCAAGUUCAGUUAAGAUUUUGCUUAUCGGAGACGAGCUGUCCUCAAGAAGACCAUUUCCCUCCCAAUUUGUGUGUGAAGGUUAAUGGCAAACCAUGUAAUCUCCCAGGUUACCUUCCUCCCACAAAAAACGGAGUGGAACCAAAAAGGCCCAGCCGUCCUAUUAACAUAACGUCUCUUGUCCGGCUAUCUACCACUGUCCCCAACACGAUUGUGGUGUCCUGGACCUCGGAAAUUGGAAGGAAUUUUUCUAUGGCGGUGUAUUUGGUGAGACAGCAGUCAUCUGCAGUGUUGUUGCAAAGACUACGGGCCAAAGGCAUUAGAAACCCUGACCACUCAAGAGCCCUGAUUAAGGAGAAACUGACUGCAGAUCCAGAGAGUGAGAUCGCCACCACCAGUCUACGAGUCUCUCUCCUUUGUCCUCUGGGAAAGAUGAGACUGACUAUCCCUUGCCGAUCAAUGACAUGCUCUCACCUACAGUGCUUUGACGCUACACUUUAUAUCCAAAUGAAUGAGAAGAAGCCGACUUGGGUGUGUCCGGUUUGUGACAAAAAGGCACCAUACGAGCAUCUCAUUAUUGAUGGGCUGUUCAUGGAAAUCUUGAACAGCUGCUCUGAUUGUGAUGAAAUCCAGUUUAAGGAAGAUGGAAGCUGGGCCCCCAUGAAGUCAAAGAAAGAGGUCCAAGAGGUGUCUGCUUCCUACAAUGGAGUGGACAGCGAUUCGUCCAGAGCAGACUCCCAUGAGCAUAAACGGGGGUCAUCUAAUGACAACAACAAAAAAGUCGAUGUGAUCGAUUUGACACUGGAUAGCUCCUCAGAAGACGAGCAGGAUGAGGAGCCCCCUCCAAAACGGGUCUGUCCUUCACUGUCUCCAGUCUCUCCACCUCCAACCAAAGGAGUGUUGAACCUGCACAGCCAAGCUUCACCUGUGGCCAGAGCUCCCAGCAUGCCCCCUGUGGAGAGCAGCUACAUUCCUCCUCCACCCCCCCUCAUUCAGGACUACCGCCACUAUUAUCACACAAGUGAUCUGCCAGAUCUGAAUUUUUUCUCCUUCCUUCAAGGUGACAAUCAGCAUUACAACAUGGUGAUGGCUGCUGCAGCGGCUGCAUCGGCUUCUGCCCCGGAAGACCACGACCUGCUCCUCAACCGCUUCCUGCCCUACAGCUCCCCCCAGAUGCUACGAGAGCAGUCAGCCACCCCGGGGGGCAGCACGCUGGCAACCACCAACGGGGGCAGCAACAGCAGUUUGGUGUCUUCUAGCAGUCUACGGGAACGCGAAAAGGAGAGAGACAGCCACAGCCUUUCAGGAUUGUCAAGGUCUUCUAUGGAAGCAGCGGCAGCGGCGGCCAUUUACGGCUCCUUAUCUGACGUUAUCUCUCUUGACUAGAUACACACCGAACUGAAGAACAGGGGAGACCUCGGACAGGAGUUCUUUGUAAAUACAAGUGGAAGACGAUAGAAUAAAGUGCUAUGUACAGAGAGGAAAAAUUUAUUUUCAAUUUUACUUAUCAUAUGUAUAUAAACUUGGGACGCUUCUUGUCCAGUGCGUUACUUCCGUUGAUAUUUUUGUGUGAGACUGAAGACUUUUUCCACACCUCUUCAUGUGGUCUUUUGAUUAUAUUGUAGCUUUUGUACCUGGUUUUUACAGUUUGUUUCAAUAUUUUAUGUCAACGGCAUUAUUUCAGCAAAGAUGCACAGUCCCCAGGCAGUCAACCCCCCCGCAUCGGGACAUGUUUAGAAUAUAAAGAAAACAGGCUUGUUGUUGAUGAAAAGUGGGCCUCAGCAACACGGGAAAAUGUGUAGCACUUUAUGUUCUAAAUGGUGUCGUCGUUUUCGCAAUGUUUAGACAGCAGAAAGAUUUGGCCAUUUUCUUUUUGCCAUCUUUGUACAUUUAUUUACUCUAACCCAUUCAUGCUGUGGUUGUUAUUUUUAAAUAAUUAUUUAUGAUGUAAGUUAUAUUAGGUGUGUGCUAUUUGUUUAUUUUUUUAAAGAAGCAUUCCUAUGCCUCUUGGAACUGUUGCCACUAGAAAUACAGGAGUCUGCGCGCGACCCUCGUGUUGUCCUUACUGCACUCUUUUCCUUCUCGCUUACCUUAGUCGAAUCAAAGAACAGUGAAUAAUGUUUUAUUGCUCAAUCUCUACGCAAUAAACACACAAUUGGGAGGAAGUCAGUUUGAUCAGGCUGUUUCAGCAUGUGAAUGAAGGGCACUGGUCCAGCAAGCACCCACGAUUGGACCUUUAUAUAUGGUAGAUAUAAGUAUAUAUAUCAAAAGACUUGCAAAAGUUAGCAUUUUUCUUUAAUGUAUUGCUGUUUAUUUUGUGUAAUCCUAAAAAAAUAAAACAAACAUAGAAAACUAGACAGAGUGACCAGCUGACAAAUUACUGCUCCACAUAUACGAGACAUGGCUAGUUUCUGGUCAGUUUGAAAGGCUAUAGAUGUUUAUAAUUUUUGAGGUUAAGUAAGAUGAUUACAUUUCUUUAUGUGGAUGUUUUAUUAUAGCACUAGUUUCUUUUGUCUUUGUGCAUUAAGUCUAUGUGGAGCAGUUGCACAUUAAAGUUCCCAGUUAGUCUUCAGCUUCUCUGUCUGCUGGUUAUCUAAAAGCUAACCUAUUUGAGUGCUAUGCUAGACCCCCUGGAGACUUUUUUAUCAUUUGGUUCGUAAUGUAAUUGCAACAGCCUUCAAAAUUACUGUUAGAUCUUAGGCUUUGUGAAUCACAACAUGCAUUUUGGCCCAGAGGUAAAACAACCUCAAGAUCAUGAAUGCCUCCUUUUUAAUUGAUUUGAUUUUCGCUUUUCCUUGACUUGUCUUUAUGAUUAGGAUUAUUUAUUAUCAUAUAUAUUUUCGGCAUUGGAUUGAUUUGUGAUUAUGCAUUGCUGUCAUUGUAUGUGGUAUUUCUUUUGUAAUUAUAUAAUUAUUGCUAUUUAAAAAUAUCACUGUUGCUUGACAUGCUUUGUAACAUUUUUAGUUUCUGUCCAUUUUGCUAUAAGAUGAUGUCAAUAACUCAAUAGACGCUUGAUCAUUUUGAAAGGAGA